GCGACAGCGUGUUGUUGUUCUUUAAAAAAAUUGAACAAAGGUUAUGUUAUAAUUUCGAGCUAUCCGAAAAUCCAAAGCAGAUUUACAAGCACGUUUACAAACAAAUUAAAACUUCAGAAGAAUUUCCAUUAUGUAUUACAUAAUUUGAAAUUAAUAAUGAUAGAGCGAUAAUAGAAAUAAAACGAGAAUGAGCGACCACAUUUAAAAUAGAUAUCUGUGAUCCUCAAAAUGUUGCAUGAGAUUUUAUUGUCACUUUGGGGAUGCUCAACCAGUGUACCGCAGAUGAUAGAGACAGAUUCUAUAGAUCUUGAUAAAUAUUUACAUCCUGGGGAAAGAGCGUUACUCAAUAAAAUAUUAGAUAUUGUGAAGGAAUGCAAUGUCAUACGAAGUUUUAUACACACAGUGAACAGCGAGGAUACAAAAGAUCUCGAAUAUGUCACUCCCGGCUUGUACAUACGUGCUCUGUGCGAUGGGAUGGAUCAGGCGCUCGAGCCAUUUCGCGAAGAAAUAGUUGAGCUAGAGCGUACAGUCUUAAACGACAGUCAUACCCCUUUGUCGUUAAUUCUCUGCAACGUUGAAAAAUACACUUGUUUAUUUUCUCUUCUGCAUUCUAUUAUUCGUGAGAUUCGAACGCAGAAACUCCAUGGUUGUAAAUUGUUGCAAUGUUUACAUCAGCGUAUGCAUACCGGCAUACCGGAAAUCAGCUCCACUUUGAAAUUAAUGACCCAUUCCGUUCAUUUCGUUUUCUAUAAGCAUCUAACAAGCUGGCUCUUGUACGGGCAUCUAGAGGAUGUCCACAGAGAAUUCUUCAUUCAGAAAGCAUUGGAUUGUGAGAAAACUCUGGUGCAUGAGGAUGCGAAGAAUGAUAUUGAUACACGCGAUCAAUUAGCAAAUAGUAAAAAUAUCGGUGUCAAUAUGUGGGAUUAUGAUGUUCAGAUGGACAUGCUUCCAUCCUAUAUAAGGCCAUCAUUGGCAAACAAAAUCUUGACCAUUGGUCAGACUGUGAUUAUGUUUGGAAAUGAUCCCAGGCAAAAGAAAGAUUUCAGUACGAUGUCUAAAACGGAGAAUUCCGUAUGGGGCGACAAGGAAUAUGAAUAUUUUAGAAAACUUCAGAAUCUCCAGGCGAAAUCCGUUUUCAACAUUGUCGAGUUUGACCGCACAAUCAACGAAUUAAAACAGUGCGUGACGGAACUUCUAUGGAACGUUGCCGUCGAAGAGGCGCAACUAAUGCAACAACUGAGACUGGUGAAGGAGUUCUUUCUCAUGGGUCGCGGUGACUUGUUCUUGGAAUUCAUCAAGCUUACGGCACAUAUCCUAAAUAAGGCACCAACAAAUCACACAUCUAGAGACAUUAAUCUUGCAUUUCAAAUAGCGCUAAGAAAAAUGCAUUUGAACGAUGAAAGCGCUAUAGAUAGUUUUAAUUUCGCGGUGCCCGUGCCACCUUCCGAAAACGAGGACGUGGACACGGACACCACUGACCUUCCUGAUAACGAGAGACAAGAUCCCAACGAAAAACGUGGAUGGGGUCUUAUCACAUUAAAAUACAAAGUUGUUUGGCCGUUGCAUCUGUUAUUUAGUCCAGUCGUGUUGAACGAUUAUAAUAUUUUGUUUCGCUUCCUGUUGAGAGUUAAAAAGACUCAGAUAGAUUUGUGGAAUCUCUGGAGUGAACACAUGCAUCAUAAAAACAUCGACAUUGGUGUGAUCCAGUUGAGAAAUAAUUUGGUCUUCAUUGUCGACAACUUACAGUAUUAUCUGCAAGUGGACGUGUUGGAAAGUCAAUAUGCCGUGAUGGAAACGAGUAUGAAAAGCACACGAAAUUUCGAGGACAUACAGAAGGCGCAUUCUAUAUUCCUGGCUAACGUCAUGUCGCAAACCUUUUUACUGGGCAAUGGAGCAGGAAAGAAAAAUUCUGUAAAUAUGUUGAUACAUCUUUUGUUACGAUUAUGCGACGAUUUCAUCUUACAAGCGUCCAUGUGGGAAGUCGGUAAUUUGCUUCUAACAGAGAAAGAGGAACUCAAAACAUUAUGUGAAACACUCGACAGUGUGAUGGACUGGUUGACAAAGACCUUAAACAGAGUACGUGCACAACCCUGUGGGGAACACUUGGCUCGAUUGUUAUUGAGACUAGAUUUCAAUAGAUGGUUCAGUAAAAAAGUCUGAAAGAGGUAAAACACAAAUCUACAUAUCAAAUUACAAAUAAAUGCUGAUAUAAUCCUGUGAAAAAAGGAUAAAGAAUUAUAUGGCUUUCUUGAUUUUUUUUUGAAGGAUCCAAUGUUUAGAGGAAAAUAACAAAAGAUCAAAUAACGCUAUUAAUAUUUUUCAUUAACAAAAAAUAAAAUGAUGCAAAUUUGAAACAUGGGAACUUGUAUUUAUGUAUAAAAAAAUAUUCUAGUCUAUAGACAUGCUCUUCCAUAGAGAUCGACUUCUAUAUUUCCAUGUAUUAUGUAAUUUGUAAUUUAUAAUCAAUAGAAUAAUUUUUAUUGUGAUUAAUAUAGUUUUAAUAUACACUUGUGUAUAUUAAAUAAUCUCUUUACAGAUCAUUGCACACUUAAAUAUUAUUAUUCUGAAAAAUGAUACUAAUGGCAGUAAUGAUAAAACGUUAGUACGACACACAUGUAUAUGUGUUUAUGGUGUACAUGAUCUUUUUAUAAUAAUAUAAUAAUAAUAAUAUAUGUCAAUCUCUUUCAAUCAAAGAGAAUUUUAACUCAUUAUUUCAUAUUAAUAAUAGACGAUGUAUAAUACAUAUAUAACGAAUACGACGAUAUAUAUAUUACGAAUAUAUAUCACACAAGUAUAAAAGAAUGCUUCUUAAAGCAUAUGAGCAUUAUUUGAAAGAUCUUUUAGACAUUAACAUUAUUGUUUGAUAUAUAAAAUUCUUAUUUUAUGUUAUACGUGAAAUACUUAUUUUGUUUAUAACAUAUGGAAUUCUUAUCUUACUUGAAAUUUCUCAAUCGCUAUCGUCGCUAUCGUUAUAAUCUUCAUCGCCGUAUCCACAUGUACUAUUAUCGUAUCGACGUUGCCACAAUUGUAUUGCGUUUUUGAUGGAUGCAUCAGAGGAUAAUUCCUCUGCGGUGAAACCGUCAUUAUUCUUCAAUGUCGUGUCUGCAUUGUGUUCCAACAAUAAAUUUAUCAUCUCCAAGUGUCCAUGACUCGCUGCCACAUGUAGUGGCGUGUCACCCAUUUUAUUCUACAAUUAAUAGAAAAAAGCGAAAAUUCAGAAAUAGGGGGAUCCUUGUUAAAAAUAUAUACAAAAGAAGAAAUAACGACAAUAAGUCUAAAACAAGACAAUGUAAGAGUAAACAUUUGAUAUAGCUCAUAUUUAAUGCUAAGUGUGUUUAUCUAAUUUGAUGGGUUUUGUUCAUCUCAUGUCAAAUAUCUCCUUAGAUGUAGUGUUACAAAGAGUUUUGAAUUAUACAGCUACAUUUAGCGUUAAAGAUGA